AUCCCCGUCGCUCGCGUAUGCUGCUUGUAUUCUUGCUACGGGUGCUGCUGCUCGUGCGUCCGCUUGCGAAACAACAAUGUCAAAACUACUCCCAUUUGGCCCUGGGUUGCCUCCACUUCUCUACUAGUACUAGUGCGAUCCGAGCAUUACUUAGUGACUAACUCAUCCGUUGCUUUGUGGUCACAGCCCUACGUCAGUUCGUGGAGUGAAGGUCUCUGAGUCUGAUUAGUUAGAACUGUGGCAGUAUGUGUGUUGUCACUGCACUACGAUGGCAAUCGCACGCAGCAGCAGCUGAGGCUGCCCUGGCUACCCUAGCCUAGCCUAGACUGUGUGGGUUGUUGUUUUCCUCCGUCGAUAGUCGUUAGGAUGCUGCACACGCUAGUAUACCAGUAACUAGUUUCUCGUCGGAUUCUUCGCAGUGAGUCUACUGCAAGAAAGUCGGGAACAUCAGCAGCUAUGGAGGAUUGAUUUAUGUCCCUAGUUGAAUGGAGACCAGUGUAGUGCGGACUUAAUUUUGUUUGCUCUGCUGGCUGAACGACGAAGAGAUCAUGAUGUUUUGUUCAACACUAGUACGUCCAAGGGUACAUCAUGUACUCUUGGUGCGACCUACAGUGACGAUACGUUCUUCUUGCAGCUCGCUGUCUUCUCCAGCCAGUCUAGACCCUAUGUUUGGAUUGCUUGACCAGGAUGUCACUAGGUCAGCAUCCCUCUGCCCGAUGAACUGCGAGGAUGUAUGCAAGGGCCGCAUGGAGGUCAGACCGCCGAAACCAGCAGACACUGCGGUAGAGCAGGUGAAGAAGAAGUGUCCCUUUGCUAGCGCUAUCCUAUCUGUGGCGAACACAACGACCAAUGCUCGCAGAGUAGCUGAUGCAGUGAAGUCGGCUGCCGACAAGUUCUUGCCCCUCCAGCUUGGAUGUCCUUUCCUUCUGUCACAAGACGAUUCUGGUGGUAUUCAGUUGGUGCAUGUAAGUCUAACGAAAUCUGCGGCAGCAGCUCAGGAAGCUCAGCAAAAACAGCAGCAUGAGGAAUUCUAUAAAUCAUCAGGUCCCGAGGCUCUGUCAUUUGACUAUCGGCACUUCUUUGAGGCGCAAGUGCAGGAAAAGAAGCAGAAGAAUGUGUAUCGCGAGUUCAAGACGAUCAACCGCCUGGCAUCUGCACACCCGGCAGCCAUGAGUUUCUGUAGCGACGUAGCCCGGUCAGCUGUGGAUGAUGUGCUGCUUAGCUUCAGCGCUGGUGUUGAGUCUGCCUAUGGGGCUGAAGGCCGCGACCUGCCUAGCGAUGUUGCUGAUCUCCUCAUCGAUAUAGUCAACCAUACAAACGUUGCGCAGAAGAGCAAAGUUGUCUGGUGCAGCAAUGACUAUCUGGGCAUGAGUCGACAUCCUUUGGUCAAGGAAGUAGCACAGCGUGUAAUCGACUGUCAUGGAGUUGGUGCGGGUGGAACCAGGAACAUCUCUGGAAAUGGUCGUUACCACAACUUGCUUGAGCGGGAGCUGGCAGCGCUGCACUCUAAAGAGCAAGCCUUGCUCUUCACAUCAUGCUUUGUCGCCAACGAGAGUUCUCUGAGCACCAUUGGGCGAUGGCUACCGGACUGUAUCUUCUACAGUGAUAUUGGCAACCAUGCGUCGAUGAUACAUGGCAUUUGCAAUAGCCGCUGUCCGAAACGCGUCUUUCGCCACAAUGAUCUCGAUCACCUCGAGCAGUUGCUGGAAGCAGACUGUCAAGAAGAGCUAAGACGUGGCAUAGCUCCUCGGCCGAAGAUUGUGGCAUUUGAGUCAGUGUACUCGAUGACAGGUGAUGUGUGUCCGAUUGGUGAUAUCUGCGAUCUUGCGCAUCGCUACGGUGCAUUGACCUUUAUCGACGAAGUCCAUGCUGUCGGCCUCUACGGCAAAACCGGAGCAGGCAUAGCAGAACGUGACAACUUUGUUGACAAGGUCGACAUCAUAUCGGGCACACUGGGAAAGGCAUUUGGUGUAGUUGGUGGCUACAUCGCCGGCCCACAAUCACUUGUCGAUGCAGUCCGCAAUGAAGCGCCUGGCUUCAUCUUCACCACCUCGCUGCCUCCAUCGUCCGUGGCUGCCGCUCUGGUAUCCGUGCGUCUCCUUCGCGGUGCAGAAGGCCGGGACUUGCGUGCUCGCCAGCAGGCUAGCGUGCAGAUUGUGCGCAAUCGUCUUCUGGCAGCCGGCUUCCCUGUCAUCGACUGUCCCAGUCACAUUGUGCCUGUUCAUGUUGGUGACGCAGGCCUGUGUACCAAGGUUUCCAGUGAUUUGCUGGAAGAACACGGCAUCUACAUCCAAGCCAUCAAUCCUCCCACGGUGCCUGUUGGCCAGGAACUGCUACGACUGACGCCAGGUCCGCACCACACCGAGGAGAUGAUCGACGAAUUGAUUGCCAGCUUGCUACAAGUUUGGCGCAAACACAGGCUGCCCUUGAACAGUUCUACCCGUGUCACGCCCAUGAUGAAGACAGCGAAUGACAUUGAGCCAAUCAGCAUCAAUGCUGCAGAGCCGCUAUAUGCCGCCGCAUAGCUUCGCUCUCGAGUGAAUCUGCCAAUCGUCUUGUCCAACUGUCAUGUCUCAAACAACCUGCUACUCCCUAGUUUCACCGGCGAUUCCCAUAACUACUCUCAUAACAUCAUACCAGUAGAUGUACGAGUAAGGUAAUGUAGCUCACAUUUUACUCUGUACCUGUAGUUUCUUAUAUAUUUCUAUUUCCUUACUCGUCAUUUAGUGCUAGUGACUCUCUCGUAGUCCUGGUGUCCUAAACGAUACCCGUAGAUUGAUGUAUUUUCGUCUCUAUCUUUGGUCACUAACAUUGUUGCAUGCAUGUGCCGGGUUACUCUAGCAUCCUCUUGCAACACACUAGACAGUAGUUUAAGUUAUAGUCUUGCAUGCUAUGCCUCCUCAUCUUCAGUAGUACCAAUAUACUAAUUUAUGACAUCAUGGCCUUCUACUUCAACAUUACUGAGUCUUCGUCUCACCCGUUUCUUCUUGUUAGUUUUAGAAGUUUUAGAAUGUAUCUCACCGACGAACUUUUAACCAGUCUAAUCUGUGUAGGUUGGUCUUCAUAUGUGCAGAUUCAUUGUUGCUUUCCUAUCCCGAUUUAAGCCAUGGCUGUUUUUUCUGUGUUUUAUUUUUAAAUAUGACAUCAUACAAGUAAUAGUUGCAUAGAUCAGGGACAAACUUCUUUUUAAAUAAAUUAUCUUUUCAAGCUGUUGUGCUUUCUAUUUCUGAAAGGCAGCACUUUUUAAUACGUUGCUCUGUGGCAAUUACUGUACUGAUAAAUCUCUGCUGAUUAUCCGCUGAGCUCGGGAUAAUAAAGUCACCAACAAAUCGA